GACACUAUCAGCCUCGUUCCCCUCCUCCUCAGUCAACAAGGGAUCAUUUUAAACCAGUUCCAAAUCCACAGCACCGGGUGCUGGCAUUUAUUCCAGGCGAGAGAGGCUGACUGAGAGGAUUGGGAUUCGCUGGAGCUGUGCAAAGCGUCGGAGAGCUCGGGCGGGCAAGCAGAGCCGCGCGCGCCAAGGAGCAACACCGGCGGAUCCCCCCCCCCACCACGCCCUGCCCGCCACGCGCCUGUGACCUCGAUCUCCAGCCCGCCCAGGGUCCUACGAAGGAGGAGGAGGAAGAGGAGGAGGAGGAGGAGGGGGAGGAGGAGGAGGAGAGGAAGCGAAAGAUGGCGGAGGGAGCGGGGAGUCUGAUGGAGCUGGAGGAAUCCUUCCGCCGGUUUGCCAUCCACGGAGACACCAAGGCCACCGGCCAGGACAUGACGGGCAAGAACUUCGCCAAGCUCUGCAAGGACUGCAAGGUGAUCGACGGCAAGGCCGUGACAGGCACUGACGUCGACAUCGUCUUCACCAAAGUCAAGGCCAAGGCUGCUCGGGUCAUCACGUUUGAGGAGUUCCAGCAGGCGCUGAAGGAACUGGCUAAGAAGAGGUUCAAGGAGCUGCCGGAGGGCGAGUCCCAGGAGGCUGUGUACGCGCUCGUCGCUGGGAAGGAACCAACGCUGGUGGGGAUCACGAAGGCGGCCAAGGCCGGGGCCGUGGACCGGCUGACGGACACCUCCAAGUUCACCGGGUCGCACAAGGAGCGUUUCGACCAGAGCGGCCGUGGCCGAGGCAAGGCCGGCCGGGAGAACCUGGUGGAGCACACGGGCUUCGUGGCCGCCUACAAGGGCAAGGGGACCUACGAUCAGAAGGUCAAAGGCUCCAAGUGAUCGGGCGGGGCCUUCCCCUCCCCUCCCAUCUCCCACCAACACCUUCCAGGCACCACCACCACCCCCCCCAACUUCCUGGCACCACCAC